CGAGGAGCACGGCGCGAGCGGCUGCUCUCCCUCUCGCUUCCCCGCGGGGCACGCGGAAACUUCACGAUGCGGCUGGAAGAACUCAAAAGGCUCCAGAACACCUUGGAACAGGUCAAUGAUGGCAAAUAUUUACUGCAAAGCCAUCAGCUUGCCAUGGAUGAGGAAAAUAAUAUUGAAAAAUAUCCUAUCAAUUUACAGCCCUUGGAAUCAAAAGUGAAAAUCAUUCAGAGAGCAUGGCGUGACUACCUGCAGCGGCAGGACCUGCCCCCCCAGGACCCGCCGGAGAAGCGCAGUCCCUCGCCGCCGUCCCUCGCGUCCGACAAGCUCAGCAGCUCCGUCAGCAUGAACACCUUCUCCGACAGCAGCACGCCGGACGCCCGGGAGGAUGGCAUGGAUCUAGGGAGCGACGCCGGCAGCAGCCGCUCCAGCUCGGAGUCCAACUCCAGCAAAGUGACGCCGUGCGCCGAGUGCAAGUGCGCGCCGCCGCCCGGCAGCCUGGACCUGGCGGCGCUGGAGGACUCGGAGGAGGAGGAGGAGGAGGAGGAGGAGGAGGAGGAAGGCUACCUGCCCGAUGAGCCCCGCCGCCGCCGCGCCCAGGCCGCGCCCCGCCGCCCCGCCGCCGCCGCCCGCCCGCGGCCGCACCAGCGCCCGCCACCGAUGGCCCCGCAGGAGCGGCGGCGCGGCGGGGCGGCGGGGCCGGGCGGGCGGCGGGCGCGGCGGGGCGGUGGGGGCGGCGGGGCGCAGCCCCCGCGGGAGCCGCAGCCGCCCGCCAUGGACUGGGCGGCCCUGGAGAGGCACCUGGCGGGGCUGCAGUGCCGCGAGCAGGAGGCGCGGGGCCGCCGCGCCGGCUACACCUCGGCUCAGAAGAAUGAGAGAGAGUCCAUCAGGCAGAAACUGGCCCUCGGAAGUUUCUUCGACGAUGGCCCGGGAAUUUAUACCAGCUGCAGCAAAAGCGGCAAGCCCAGCCUCUCCUCUCGGUUACAAAGUGGGAUGAACCUGCAGAUCUGUUUUGUGAACGACAGCGGCAGCGACAAAGACAGCGAUGCCGACGACAGCAAGACAGAAACGAGCCUGGAUACGCCCCUGUCCCCGAUGAGCAAGCAGAGCUCGUCCUACUCGGACAGAGACACUACUGAAGAAGAGUCUGAGUCCCUGGAUGACAUGGAUUUUCUCACUAGGCAAAAGAAACUACAAGCUGAAGCCAAAAUGGCCUUGGCUAUGGCAAAGCCAAUGGCCAAAAUGCAAGUAGAGGUGGAAAAGCAGAACCGGAAGAAAUCUCCAGUAGCUGAUCUUCUGCCACAUAUGCCUCAUAUAAGUGAAUGCCUGAUGAAAAGAAGUUUAAAACCCACUGAUCUAAGAGAUAUGACUAUCGGGCAGCUACAAGUGAUAGUCAAUGAUCUCCACUCACAAAUAGAAAGCUUGAAUGAAGAACUGGUGCAGCUGCUGCUCAUUCGAGAUGAACUGCACACGGAGCAGGACGCGAUGCUGGUGGACAUCGAAGACCUGACCAGACACGCUGAAAGUCAGCAGAAGCACAUGGCAGAGAAAAUGCCAGCAAAAUGAAACAAGAAGCCAUCAGACUAGAGAUCAAGCUAGACUUUAUUUUGCUUCUGUGUUUGUACCAAUGCUGAUGUCCAAGGUGGCGCACAAGAAAAUCAGUGUUAGUCAUUGAUCAUGUCUGAAGCUUUAUGUCCAGUGAUUGGCCUCUGCUUCUUAAUUUAUUUUAAUUUUUUUACUUCUGCCACUAAAUAUGAGGCAUUUUAAUAAUAUUAUUACAAAAAUGUACAGUACUUAUAACAUUAUAAAUCAUGGAUAAGAAGAGAGGGUAGUUUAACUUUAUUUUUGUUUGUUUAGAGAUUUUAAGUUGAACGAUAUUUUACCAUUGACUACUUUUUUAUUCUUCACUGUAGUUUUAAAUAAAGAAACUGUAAUUGACGGUGCUAUACAAGUCAAAAAAUACAUGCCUGCCUCGUAGUGAAGUUGUAGCUUUCAGUAAUAUGUAUAUUUUAAUCAGUUUUCAACAUUUUGUGAAUGUUGACUACCUGACGUUCAUUUUUAGAUGUGCUAUUAACAUUGAGUUGGAUUCAAAGAGUUACCUUGAAAGUUUUAUGUAUAAAUAUGUAAAAUAAAAAUUAAAAAAAUUGUUUCAUAUGAUAUGUCUUUUUGUUGACUAGUGGUUGACUUUGGUGAUGCACCAGUAAUGUAUUCAUAUACUAAAUGUACAAUUCCUAAUUUGUCAUCACCAGAAAGAGCCUUUUUUGCCUAUCACAUGAAACUAUGGAGAGAAGACAGGAUUUUUGUAGAGUUAUUUAUUUGUAAGUUCAUAAUGUAUGUAUGACAUUGACUUAAGAUAUUCUUAUAUUAUAACAUUCACUGGGGCCCUAAUAGCGUGACUAUUGUUAGACUCAGCAGGCACAUACAGUAGAUGUUUUUAUAUUUUAUUGUCUGGGCUAAAUAUUUAAAUGACUCACCAAUGUCAGAAAUAAAAAUCUAUGUUAAAAUCUAAGCAGCAUAUUAAAUGUAUUAUAUAUGGUAAUUACUCACCUCUCUGCCUUGCGGCUGGGCUCACAUUCAGGAUUUGGUCUCACAGGUCAGUGCUCCGGGCGUCCUCCUCCGGUGACCGCGGCCGGCACUGAAAGGAGGAGUGACGCCAGGUGAACUCAUAGGUCUGUUUCCGCCUUUAGUUUAUUUGAUUUAAUGCUGAAAUACGACGUUUGGCUCCCUGUUCCUAGUACCGACUGGCUGCAGCCAGAAGUGGAAAUGUAUGUCAUGAACGCUAGCUAUAUCUUUUACGUUUUAAUUUUUGUCUGUGACGAGUUUAUCUUUGCAAUGUGUAUGGCUAAUGACUUAUUCAGGGUGUUUUCAGAAAAGCAUGUGAUGUAUCAAAAUUUCAUCCCACACAAAGAAUGUAUUUUAUAAAAUGAUUUGUUGUUUUCCUUGCUUCUCAGAAAUUGCACAGGCCAGAUUAAGCCGGCACCAAAGCUGUGCUAGAGUUUCGCAGGGCUGGGGAGUUUUUGUGCUGUUGGGUUUUUUUUGUUUGUAACAGAAAUCCUGCUGCACAGCCUGUGUUUUGGGUUUACUUUAGGGACUUUUUUCUUUUUCCCCUCCCCCUUUUUAAGACGUUUGUGUCCGGAGGCGUGCAAGGUCUUGGCGGGGGGGGGGCCAGGAGCUGCUGCGCCCCAUCCGUGACUCGCAGCAAAGAAGCAUUUGCUGAACAGCGGCUUUCUGCGAGGAAAAUCUCCGCAGGAUUUAUCUAGGGUCUGCCCGGGGGCGGCUCCCUCCAGCGCAGGGUUUCCCCACGAAACGUGGCCCUGGGGAGAGCAGGGCAGGGGCUGCAGGGCCCCAACGGCUCAACUGCAAACCUGCUUUUGGGGCUUUCCCAAAGCACCCCGUGCCAGUGCCGGCAGCCUCCGAGAGCAUCCCGGGAGCCAUCGGGGCAACGGGAGCUGCUGGGGGCUGAGCCGGGGGCGGCUCCGCUUAAGAAGUGCUGCCUGGAGGGGUUAGGUCGGAGCAGUGUUAAGCUCACCUGCAAAGUAGGAACGUACCCCUCCAGUUAUUUACUUUGCUUUUUGGUUUCUUUUUUUUGAAUCUAUGCAGAAAAAAUAAAAAAAAACUUUGGGGGUGUUCAUUUCCCUGUAUUUCUUGUCUCGAUGCUGUGAUUUGCAUGUGGAAGUAUCUGCUGGUUUUUGUAUUGCUUUGUAACGUGUUUUCAGUGCUCUAAGGCCAAAAGUGUCACCCUGGGGCAUCAUAGGAUGCGGCUUGCCCGGCGUGUGUGCCGAGCAGCUGCAGCUCGCGCCCCAAAUGCCGGCGGUGGGGCACCCUGGAUCUGGGGUGCCCAGCCACCCCCUCCAUGCCUGGCUGCAGAUUUAGAUUAUUGACUUCUAAAGCCCCAGAUUUGGAAAGUUUGGUCUAAGCUUUAAAAAACCUGAAGCAGGGCGUGUUGCUGGUGGGCACCGCGGCAGGGCACGCUGCCGCUUCCAGGGCACUUGGUCAGGACGCCGAGGCAGACGGGAGUUUUGUUAACUUGCUAAGUGCCUUUAACUUGAUAAAGAGAAGUUCGCAAAAUGUGUUUAUUCGGUUAACCAGCUGUUGACGACUACCGAUAUUUUUUUUCCUGUUACAUCUUUAGAAGUUUGGUUUUUUAACACGAGACUAUUGCUGGGUUAUUGCAUCUUCUUGGAUCUCUGUCCAAUGUACUCAAGUAUCGUGCUGACGUGUAUGAUGACAAUGCUGUAGAAGUCAUGAAUUAAAUUACAUUUUUAAAAGACA